GAAGUAAACGUGGACCUGAGCUAUAUCGGUUGCUUGCAAAACACAAACCCUUUUGGACUAUCAAAUCAUCUGAUAUCGGAACCAUAAAACCCUAAACAAAAUGCCUAACCGGAACCACAACGACGACGAUGACGACAUAGGCUUGCUAUGGAAGCUGCCGGUGGUGUACUCAAACAAACUGGGUAAACUCGGUCCCGCUUUUGGCCUCGGCGCCGGUUGCGGUGUCGGUUUCGGCGUUGGAAUGAUCGGAGGUGCAGGGUUAGGGCCCGGAAUCCCAGGCUUGCAGGUGGGCUUUGGAUUUGGUGCUGGAUGUGGAAUUGGUCUAGGGUUCGGCUAUGGGGCAGGAAGGGGCAUUGCUUAUGACGAGAAUCGUAAACACUCCAAUGUCGGGAAGUUUUCAGUGGGCCCGGCAGUCUUCCUCAGGAUGAGAUUGGUCUUUUGAUCGAGGAGGUUGUCGUAAACACCAAGAAGCUGAUCAAAGCAACUCACAGAGAAGUUGAAAAGUGGAGACGGUAUUAGCUGAUUCGUCGUCGCAUAUUACUUUCGAAUUCAAAGUGUUUGAUAUGAUGUAUAUAAAAUUUACAUUGGCAUAUACAGUGCAUACCUUCUAUCUUGAAGGUAACCUUUUGUGAAUAAAUUUACGUCGUCUCUAUAUA